UAAGUUCAUAAAUCAUAACCAUCGCUUCUACUAAAAUUUUCAAGCUUAACCACUGAAAACAAAACACUGUCACUGAUUCAUUCAAUCGUCAAAUUUGUUCCUUUUUCUCAUUUCUGAAGUCUACGAUGCAAAGGGUAUCUUCAACAAUCUCAAGGACCAUAGCUUCUUUGUCCAAGGCCAGAAGCUCGUUUCUGCUUAAACGCCCUUUCUUUGCAGCAACUACCCAGAAAUCGCAGCAGCCGGAGAUUCCGGGAGAUUUCCGGAAAUGGGGUUCGGCUGGGUUUUACAGGACGUCAAAGUUCGCCAGUGGGUUCACUCCUUUGCAGCCAAAGCCCUUGGAUUCCGUUGUAGAUGUUGAAAGAUUGAAGGACCGCUACCCUGAUGAUAUUGCUUCUAUUUGGGAUGAUUAUCACUUGGGAAGAGGUCAUAUUGGAGCAUCCAUGAAAGCAAAACUUUAUAACCUGCUGGAGCAUAGAGCUUCAGAAUGCCGAUAUUUUGUCAUUCCUGUGUGGAGAGGAAGCGGUUAUACGACAAUGUUUGUUCAAGUGCAGAUGCCACACAUUCUUUUUACGGGUCUUGAAGAUUACAAGGCCAGGGGAACACAAGCAGCCCCCUACUUUACUGUGACCUUUUACAAAGAAUUUGCUGAGACCAAGGACUUGGUGCUUAUCCGUGGGGAUGUUGUGUUUACCAGCAAGCUGACCGACUCUGAGGCGGAAUGGCUAAUAGAAACUGUUCAGUCUUUCUAUUUGAAUGAUGUGAGGUACAAACUGGUUGAGAGGUUCAACAAAGAAACACAUGAUUUUGAGUUUAAGGAUGUCUUGCAAGCGUUGAACAUGCCGAUUCUGUGACCACUUUUAAUUGGACAAAUACUAAAUUGCUGCAACAAACAAAGAAGAAGGGUUGAUUGGAUGUAGGACAUUGAAGUUGCAAAUGAACCUGUUUAUCGAGAUGUCUGUCUGCAGCCUAUGGUGAAGGGAGAUGCAAAAUGGAAAUGACUCAUGGCAAGGUUAGAGGAGAUAUUUCUUCAUUUUUUAUUUGUUAAAAUCUUGCAUUCAAAUACUUUUAUGUGUUUCCUUUUGCAUGCUUAGCAGCUUUAAUUAAAUUCAGUUCAAACUUCUUCCAUUUCCAUAAUGAAAUGUUUAGAAGUUGUAAAUGCAAAGUCGUAUCAUGUUAUGUGAAAGGGCAAUAAUGUUGAAUUAAACAUUUUAGUUUGCUAUU